AUGUCGGGACUCCAACGUCGACGUGUUAAUAGAUCCGACUCGAACUACUCGCCAGAUGUUAGCAUCGAUGCCCAGAAUAGUAAUACUGGCUCUGUAGAGGAAGAGGAAGGCGGAAACAGAAGGGUAGCUUACGAUCCUGAGGAAGUGAUGCUGAAAAACAACGUUACUAUUCCAAAGCUGACGUUAAUGGAGGAAGUACUCUUGAUGGGACUCAAAGACAAGGAAGGCUACCUUUCGUUUUGGAACGACAACAUUUCGUAUGCGCUACGUGGUUGCAUUCUUAUCGAACUGGCGCUCAGAGGUAAAAUUCAGAUCGUCAACGAUCCUGCGAGAAAACAGUUUGACAUUUCUGAAAGACUGGUGGAGGUCAUCAAUGGCACCAAAACUGGGGAAGUUUUGCUGGACGAGGCCUUGAAUCUCAUGAAAAAAGAUGAGCCACUCACCAUAGCCAACUGGAUCGAUCUACUUAGCGGCGAAACAUGGAAUUUCAUGAAAAUUAGCUAUCAGCUCAAGCAAGUGCGUGAGCGUCUAGCCAAGGGUCUUGUCGACAAGGGUGUCCUAAGAACGGAAAUGAAGAAUUUUUUUCUAUUUGAUAUGCCCACACAUCCAGUGGUAGAUAAUAGCUGCAAAGAGUCUAUCAAGCGCAGAAUACUCUCGGUUUUGGUAUCGAGAAACAUGCAGCUCAGUUUCAACGACUAUUUUACCGAAUCGGUGUCUUUCAAGCUUAUAAGAACUUUGGCAUUGAUCUGCGGAGCCUACGGAGCUAAUGUUUUGGAAAAUGUGCUUUCUAGCCUUGACUACGAAAAGAGAGAUCGCGCUUUCAUUCGUGCCGACGAAAUUUUGGCUCAGUUUUCCCAGUUCCCUUUUGCUCUCGACAAGCAAACCGAGACAGGUAUUGCCGUCAACCUUAACAGCAACGCUCAAGAGGAAGUAGCAGAAUUCCCUGAUGCAGUGCUACAACUCGAGGUGGUUUCAGGCGUUUUUGAAGUCUUCUCUAGAAUGGAUACUUUGCUGUAA